AUGGCACCGUCGGCCCUGUACCAACGUUCUUUCGCCGCGCUAGAAGCUCUCAAGCGCAGUAGCGAUCUGGCCGAUAUCACACUACCCGAACGACCUCAAGACAUCACAGCGGAACGAACGUACCUAGACGGCGCGAUCACCACGUUAAGCACCUCAACCGGCCACCUUUACCACAACCACGCUAUUUGGGCUAACGAGCUUUCUGGGAUUAAGGAUGGCGUGACAGAGGUCAGGCAAGAUGUGGACAUGGUCAGGCAGGAUGUGGACAAGGUCAGGCAGGAUGUGGACAAAAGAUUCACGAGGUUGGAUACGGAGGUGGCAUGGCUUAAGAAGGGGGUAAUAGGGCUUGAAAAGGAGGUAGGAGGGCUCAAGCAGGAGGUGAACAAGGUCAGGCAGGAUGUGGACAAGGUCAGGCAGGAUGUGGACAAGGUCAGGCAGGAUGUGGACAAACGAUUCACGAGGUUGGAUACGGAGAUGUUAGAGGUCAGGCAGGAUGUGGACGAGGUCAAGAAGGAGAUCAAGAAGAUCCAGGACGAUGUGGCAGAUUUCAAGCAGAUAUCACUAAACAGGCACGCGGAGAACGCAUGGGAUAACAUUAUGACGGUUGAACACAACGGCGAAGUACCACCUAGAUUUCCGCACAAGGUUAUUAUGCUGUGGAGACUUCAACGCCCGGAAAAACAACAUGAAUUAAUCCGCUUACUCAAAUUCUAUCACAUUGAGAAGACCUGGCUAGAGGAUCACACUGAUGACUUGGAUACCUGGGAACACGGGGAUCUGGAACAUCCGGGCAGUGACUCAGAUUCAGACGAUAUUGCGCAAAGCUAUACGUCUUUGGAAGCUGCGGUAAAAGCGCAUCCCGAAAUAGCACUGCGAGCACUCACAGAAGCACUCGGGAUGAACUAUGACCGCAUAUCAAAAAGAAUAUUAAAAUGGGAAGAGAAUCAAGCGCGCAUGAGGGAAGAGAGAAGGAUUGAAAAGCGCAAGCGUAUUAUCAGUGAAGGUAUUGGGCGCAAUACGGCUGACACAGCACCAAACAAGCAUCGCAAAACAGAUGCUAAAACGGCCAGCCCUGAAGGGCUGUCAACUCGACUCCCACUUAAGGACCUAGUCGGCGGCCACGAGUCUAUUGGACCCAAGUCAAGUCCUGAAUCCGGCACUAAAAUCGGAUGGAAAGUCGAGUCCAGCGAAGGGUCUCAAAAGCGGGUCCGCGACACCGGGCGUUUCAAAGCCGCGUCGCCUUCCAAAGCCGCAUCGCCUUCCAAAGCCGCAUCGCCUUCCAAAGCCGCGUCGUCUUCCAAAGCCGCGUCGCCUUCCAAAGCCGCAUCAUGGGAUGCAACGGUGCCUUUUACCGAUAACUAG